CAGUGACUACGUAAAAUGACAAGACAUGCUUGACAUUUUUGACAUUGAGUUUACUGCCUUUCGGUCAGCGAAGUAGCUAGUGCAGUAUUUAUUAGUGAAAUAUUUUAUUAAGUGUUAAAUUAAUUUAAACAUGGCAGAACCAAAGGCUGACAUUGCCCUAAUUGGGUUAGCUGUGAUGGGCCAGAAUCUCAUACUCAACAUGGAUUCUAAAGGAUUUGUAGUAUGUGCAUUUAACAGAACAGUUGCCAAGGUGGAUCAAUUUCUUGCCAAUGAAGCAAAGGGAACAAAAAUUAUUGGAGCUAAGUCAUUAGAGGACAUGGUUUCAAAACUCAAAAAGCCAAGAAAAGUGGUCAUUUUGGUAAAAGCUGGUGCAGCAGUGGAUGAAUUUGUUUCAAAAUUGGUUCCUUUAUUGGAGAAAGGUGACAUAAUAAUAGACGGUGGUAACUCUCAAUACAUGGACACACAGCGCUGGUGCAAGGAACUGAAGCCCACUGGGAUACACUAUGUGGGGAUGGGUGUGAGUGGCGGGGAGGACGGCGCGCGGUACGGGCCGUCGCUGAUGCCCGGAGGCCACCCGGCCGCCUGGCCCCAUGUCAAGCCUAUAUUCCAGGCCAUCUGCGCUAAAGCGAACAACGAGCCCUGCUGCGACUGGGUGGGCGAGGACGGCGCCGGACACUUCGUCAAGAUGGUGCACAACGGCAUCGAGUACGGCGACAUGCAACUCAUCUGCGAAGCCUACCAUCUAAUGAAAGACGUUUUAGGUAUGGAACAAGGUGAAAUGGCGCAAGUGUUCGAAGAGUGGAACAAAGGCGAACUAGACUCCUUCCUUAUUGAAAUCACCAGAGAUAUUCUCAAUUUCAAGGAUUCCGACGGUAAAUACUUGUUGCCGAAGAUCCGCGACUGCGCCGGGCAGAAGGGCACGGGCAAGUGGACGGGCAUCAGCGCGCUGGAGUACGGCGUGCCGGUCACGCUAAUCGGCGAGGCAGUGUUCGCGCGCUGCCUGUCCGCGCUCAAAGAGGAGCGAGUAAAGGCGAGCGGGGUUCUUCCUGGCGCGUCGGGCAAGUUCACGGGCGACAAGAAGGCGUUCCUGGAACACCUGCGCAAGGCGCUGUACGCCAGCAAGAUCAUCUCGUACGCGCAAGGGUUUAUGCUGCUGCGGGAGGCCGCUAAGGUGCACCAAUGGAACCUGAACUACGGCAGCAUCGCUCUCAUGUGGCGAGGCGGCUGCAUCAUCAGGAGCGUGUUCCUUGGCAACAUCAAGGACGCGUUCACGAAGAACCCUCAGCUGUCGAACCUGCUCCUGGACCCCUACUUCACGAAGCACAUCGGCGCGUCGCAGGAGUCGCUGCGGCAGGUGGUCGCGCAGAGCGCGCUGGUAGGCGUGCCCGCGCCGGCCUUCGGCGCCGCGCUCGCCUUCUACGACGGCUACCGCGCUGGCGUGCUGCCCGCUAACCUGCUACAGGCCCAGAGAGACUACUUCGGUGCUCACACCUAUGAGCUGGCGUCGAAGCCGGGCGAGUUCAUCCACACCAACUGGACUGGCCACGGCGGCAACGUGUCCGCUUCCACCUACAGCACGUAGACUAUAUUUUAUACGGUCCACUGCACACAAACGGCUCAGCCAGGCGUCAUCCGACCGGCGAUCGGAACUUCUUAACUAUUUUAGAGUGUUUGUUGCUAAAACUAUUUAAAUAAAUAAUAAAAUGUUGACUGGCUAUAGUUGUCGCUGCUACCGCCAUUUCUGGUCAUGCAGUGUCGUGGUUGAGCCGUUGUAAGUAUAUUUUUCGAGGGUAAAACCAGCAUUAUGACAAUUUUAUGAUAAAAGUCUACAUUUUGUAAACCGUAUCUGAAUGACGCAAUCUAAUUUACUACUACACAAACAAUUUAGCUGGCUCCUGAUUUUUUGGGUUUAAAACUCUAAUAACAACAGAGUUGUAUUUUUAGACAGCAUCAGAAUGUCUGUAUCUUAGCAAACCAUCAUUGCAUUGACCGCAAACAACAUUAUUUAAUUUAUUUAUUACAUUGCAGUCUUGACUUUUGAUACUGUUUUUUUUUUAGUAUAUAUUUGUAAAAAUAUUGUAAGGGAUCUGGCAUUAAUGUCAAAGUAAGUAAUUUUUGAUACAAUCUGAUUAUAAUAUUGUAAGUGUAAACCAUUGUUGAAUGUUGGUAUUGAAUGAAAACAAUACAUCUGUUUUAAGUGUACAGUUUUGUGUGUUUUGAAAUCAAUCCUAAACUUUAUUUAUUUAUUUAUUACAAUCAUUCCAAUAACAUUCCUUUGUCAGUCGUACACUGAAGACAUGACUUUGUUAUUCAAUAUGGUGAAUGGUAAAUUAUGGGGUGAAAACAUGUAUAAUGUUAUUGUGAUAACAUAAGUGAUAUAGUGCUUCCUAUAUGAUAUUUUUUUAAUAAAUAUAUUUUAUUAAAAA